GGCGGUGGGGGCUCGGCCCCGGCGCACGAGACGUGCUGGGGGUACUACGACGUGAGCGGGCAGUGGGACAAGGAGUUCGAGUGCAACAACAGCCUUACGGGCUUCCGCUACUGCUGCGGCACCUGCUUCUACCGCUUCUGCUGCAACAAGCGCGCUGAGAAGCUCAACCAGAGCCUGUGCCGCAACUACAAGAGCCCCGAGUGGGCCCACCCCACCACCGCCAGCGGUGCGCUGCCCGCUGACGGCAGCAACGGCGCAGACGGGGACGCCAACAAGUACGACCCAGAUAAGGACAGCACCAACGCCACUGUCUACAUCUCAUGCGGGGCCAUCGCCUUCGUGCUCAUCGCUGGCGUCUUCGCCAAGGUGGCCUACGACAAAGCGCGGCGCCCACCCCGGGAGAUGAACAUACACAGGGCUCUGGCUGACAUCUUAAGGCAGCAGGGACCAAUCCCAAUAGCACACUGUGAAAGAGAGACUAUCUCGGCCAUAGAUACCUCCCCCAAAGAAAACACCCCAGUCAGGACAUCUUCCAAAAACCAUUACACCCCUGUGCGCACCUCCAAAAGUAACCCAGGUCCCUAUGGAAAGGAUAUUUAUCGAAGUGGAGGGCCAGAUCUCCAUAAUUUCAUCUCCUCCGGGUUUGUCACAUUAGGAAGAGGACACACGAAGGAUGACCAAGAACAAAAUUAUAAUCACCUGAUACUAAACAGUGCCACCCAGACACCUACACAUGACAAGCCCCGAAUGAACAACAUCCUUACGUCUGCCACCGAACCCUACGAUCUGUCAUUCUCCCGGUCCUUCCAGAACCUCUCUCACCUUCCACCAUCCUAUGAGUCUGCUGUCAAGACAAACCCAAGUAAAUAUUCUUCUCUGAAGAGACUAACUGACAAAGAGGCUGAUGAAUUCUACAUGAGGAGGAGACACCUGCCUGACCUGGCAGCCCGGGGCACACUCCCUAUCAACGUCAUCAAAAUGUCUCAACAGACCAACCACAGGGACAGGCCUCGCCGUCCCAUCAGGGCCAUGUCCCAGGACAGAGUGCUGUCUCCUGAGAGGAUCAUGCCCGAGGAAUUUAGCAUGUCCUAUGAACGGAUCCUCUCAGAUGAGCAGCUUCUGUCUGCAGAGCGCCUCCACUCCCAAGACCCCCUGCUCUCCCCAGAGCGGUCGGGCUACCCUGAGCAGUCUAUGUCACGGGCAUUGUCACACACAGACGUCUUUGUAUCAACACCCGUCUUGGAUCGCUACAGGAUGACAAAAAUGCACUCCCAUCCUAGUGCCUCAAAUAACUUGUACAAUACCUUAGGUAUGAACCCAACCUCUGCCAAGCGCCAAGCGUUCGCCUCCCGACGGCACAACACAGUAGAACAGUUACAUUACAUCCCAGGACACCAUCAUCACUACCGCACAGCGAGCAAAACAGAGGUGACUGUUUGA